AUGACAUCUACAUCAACUAAAACUGCAUCAACUGGUGGAUUAACUAGUACAACAACAAAAAAUGACAUUAAAAAUUAUGAUGAUUUAUUAAAAAGGUUAUUGGAAUCCGAAUUAGACAAUGAAUUGAGUAUAUCAUCUACUGAAAAGUUUGAAGGACAUUUACCUCCUGAACUUGAAGCAGCCUUAGAAGAUUCAGAUCAAGCUGAAAAAUAUUUGAAUGAUUUAAAAAAGAAUUUAGGAACUACCGGCUUAUCUGAUGCUAUGGGAAGAGCUCUUGACUUAUUACACAAUGACAAUUCUAUGUCAAAUAUGAAUGGUGUUUCUUCAUUGGUUGACAUUGAAAUAAGUUUUAACCAAUUACGCAUAUCGGAGCUGGAUCUCCCAACUAUUCCUGAAAGUUCUAUUAAAACUGCUGUCUUGGAAUUAUAUAAACUUCAGGAAGACUUGCAAAUCCAUUUACAGGGUGGUCCAUUGUCUGAUCCAUCAACUUUAGGUACUCAACGAAGGAAAGGCGUUUCAGACCUUCUCGAAAGAGUUAUGAAAGAAACUGCAUUAUAUGAAGAAUUUGUAAAUAAAGCCCAACAUUUAAACUUGGAAAGAAUUUUAAACGAAUCGGAAGAUUCGAGUGAUGAAGAUUUUAUUGAUUCUGAAACUAUAGAUACGGAAUCAGGAACACAUAUAUUUGAGGAUUCGUUAUCAGAUACUACUCGUAAAUCUGGCGCAACUUACGCUGCAUCAUCAUUAUCAUCAACUCGCUUUUUAAGAGCCCCCGAUCAAAGUUUUUCACGACUUUCUUCAGCAUCAGUUGCAUCAAUUCGAUCAUACUCUUCCUCUAGCAGGCAUUCACAAUCAACACAAUCUGUCUUAGAUCUUGAAGAAUUAGGAUUACUUGUUCCACCUGAACCAUGGGAAGCAUUUAGAUGGUCACCAUUAAUAAAAGUCUCUGAACAUUUAUUCUCUCACAAUGUUACUCAAAGUGCUGGAUUAGCUACAGUUUUUGCUGUGGGAAAUAUAAUUGCUAUUGGCACAACACGUGGAUUGAUAUUAGUCUAUGAUUAUUCAAAUUUAAAAUAUGUUUUUGGCAAUUCUUCAGAUGCUUUAGAAUAUGGUUCAGUUACAUCUCUUGCUAUUUCUUCUGAUAAUACCCAAAUUGUUAGUGGUCAUGCAAGCGGUCAUAUUUUUAUGUGGGAUAUUCAACGAUCUACAAGUCCUGUUACAACAAUAUUGCCUAUUUCAGAAUCUAUUGCAUUUUCUGGAAGAAAAGAAGGUCAUAUCAGUGGUUCUGCAAUUUUACAUGUUGGAUUUGUCGGCGCUCGAAAAAAUUGUAUUGUUUCAGGAGAUGAUUGUUUUAUGAUGGUAAAUCGUAUAGAAACAAUUCGUAUUCUUGGUAGAUAUUCAUUACCAAAACCACAAACAGAUUCUCGCACUGCAGCAAAACAAAAAAGACCUAGUACGGUUUUUGGUUUAGCCCCAUUACCUCUUGGGCAAAUCUCACAUGUUUCGGAGAGCUUUGGACUUGUAGCCAUAUUAACACCUUAUAAGAUGAUUGUAGUGAGCACAAAGCCGACAGCUCAAACACAAUAUAAAUAUUUAAAGCCAAAAAAUAAUCCAAAUGACGCUAUGUCUACAUCGAAUACCUUUUCUGGCUGUCUAGCUUGGUAUCCUGCUGUUAAAUCUCAACUUACUCGAGAUAGCCCUAUCAUUUAUUCAGACCCUUUACUUGCAUAUUCAUGGGGUAACCAUUUACACAUCGUAACGGUCACUUCUGCAUCAUCGUAUUCUGAUGCUUCCAAUAAAAAAAAGAGGAGGCCUGAUCGUGAAAAUCGGUUGGAAUUUAUUAAAAUUGAUAUAGUGGUUUUUGACCCGAGAUAUAUGCGAGAAAGUGAAGAAAGUAAUAUCCGACAACGAUCAUUAGUUUAUCAUGAUCGAUUUUCGUCAUUUUUAAAAGAAGUUAUUGACGAGUCAAAUUUACAGUUUAGUAAUUACCGAUCAAGCAUUGAUUUGGCUUAUUAUCAUAGUUUGCGUGUUUAUAAAGGAAAUCUAUUCCUAUUGGGUGUUAAUCAAAUUUAUGUGGGCACUUUACUAUCAUGGAAUGAUAGAAUAGAUGCGUUUGUUCAAUCUGGUGAUUUUCUUGAAGCAAUAUCUUUAGCCACAUUAUUUUAUAAUGGUAGCUCAUCACAAACAAUUCUUGGUUUACCAAUCGACGAAGAAAGUCGUCAUGCAAUUGUAGGCGAGGAAUUAAUGAGUUUAUUGAUUGAUUCCAUAAAUCAUGCUUUUUCAAGUGAAAGAACAUUUCAAGGUAUGAUCGAUGAAAAUAAUGGUGGCGGUGGAGGUGUAUUAUUUCAUGAUCUUGCUGUCGGAUGCAUUGAAGCUUGUCUUAGCAUGCAUAAAGAGGAUUUCCUUUUCAAUGAUGUUUACGAAAGGUAUGCUGAAGCUUCUGCUAAAGGAAUUCUACUUGAAGUGUUAGAGCCUUAUAUUCUUGAUAACAAAAUAAAUGAUCUUCCACCAGAAAUAAUGAAGGAUCUGGUAAACCAUUAUGAAACUCACAGAAUGCUUUCACGAAUUGAACAAUGUAUAUGGCGUAUAAAUCCUCAAUGUUUAGACAUAGAUCAGCUGGUUCAAUUAUGUCAAAGUGAAGGUUUAUAUGAUGCAUUAAUCUAUGUUUGGAAUAGAUCGAUGUUUGAUUAUGUUAGCCCUGCUGUUGAAUUACUCGGUGUCAUAAGAAAAGUUUUAUCUUUAGAAAAACGUCAUAAAAAGAAAAAACACAGACAUUCUCACAAUAGCAGCAAUUCAUUUGAUUCAAAUAAGUUCAGUGAAGGAAAUGACCUACAAACAAUGAAGGAAAAUGCCCAUAAAUUUUAUACAUAUUUAAGGAAUAUACUUACCGGUAAUACAUAUCCUAAUGGUGCCCCACUUAGCGAAAUUGAGGCCAAUGAAGCUCGGACAUCUUUAUAUUCAUUUGUAUUUUCAGGCCUUUGUGUUGUAUGGCCAAAAAGUGGCGGCGAAUUGAUUCUUACUGCUGAAAAUAAUCAUAAUGACACCGAACCAACAUAUCCAUAUUUAAGAUUAUUUUUAAAAUAUGACACGAAGGCAUUUUUACAAGCUUUGGAUGAGGCGUUUGAGGAUUCUUAUUUAAAUGGAUUACCAGGGAAAAUCAUUAAUCGACAAUUAUUGGUCAAUAUCUUGUUAGAGGUCAUGACAUCUGGUUUUCCUGAAUCGUCAGAAUUUGCACAUUCAGACAUUUCCCAUUUAUAUUGUUUUGUUGCAAGGAAUUUACCUAAAUAUCCACAAUUUUUAUUAUUACCACAUUCUACUUUGCACAGAAUACUUGUUUAUCUUAGCAAAGAUAAUGAUUCCCAAACACGCGAAGUAAGACAAUUUGCUGUCGAAUGUUUAUUGUCAAUAUAUACACCAAAUGAUGAAAAUAAAAUGAUUGAGCUAUAUGAAAACGCGGGUUUUUCGAGGGUUCUAGAACACAUUUAUAAAGUUGAUAAAAAAUAUGGUUUGCUAAUUACAACAUAUCUUAAAGAUCCAGCACAAAAGAAUGAAGCUUUUAAAUGUAUUGAAGAAUUGUUGGGUCAAGAGAAUAAAUUAACAGAGAAACAACGAGAUGACAUAUUAAAUACAAUAAUGAUGAGGAUCGAAGAAUUUGUUGAGAUUGAUGGAGAAAAAACUGCUUCAAUAAUAAAAACAUAUUUUCGUGGUGAUCACCAAACAGUGAUUACUAAUUUAUCGUCAUCUCCAGCGCGUCUGUUUUUAUAUUUAAGGGGCCUGUUGGAACCUUCUCAAGACGACGAAACAAACAAUUGUCAAUUGGUAAGGAUAAAGUCUGUUAACGAACAAAUAUAUGAUCCAGAAACAUCUGCAGAUGAGUCAUGCCUUGAUCCGGAAAUUCAUGAAAAAUACAUUGCAUUAAUGGGCCAAUUUGAUCCAACUGGUGUCUACCAUUAUUUACAAACCCAUCAAAAUAAAUAUCGAAUAGAAAAUGUACUUCCUAUUUGCGAAUCUUCUGGUACGCUAGAUGCGGUUGUUUGGCUCUUAGAAAAAAGUGGUAAACCGAUGGGAGCACUCAAUAAAAUUAUAAAUAUUGUUCAAGAAAAAAAGAAAAGCAUACUUGAUUUGAUUGAAAGGAAAAAGAAUUCCAAAAGUGAUCGAUGGUCACUAAUAGAAAAAACAGAAGUUGAUAGUACUUUAAUGAAGUUAAAAGGGGUAUUAAAAAUUGGUAUUCUUUUGUGUGAGAAUAGUAGUCGACAUGAUACAUCACCUAGUGCUGGUUUAAUAAUUGAUGCAACACUUACUCAAAUAAGUCGUGCACCUGAGAACGAAAGCGAACUAUUAUGGUAUAGACUUUUAGAUACAUUCGUAGAUGCAACAAACGCGAUAACCACCAGCGUUGUGCCACCCAUUCCUCCUUUGAUGUCACAAAAGCUUAUAGAGAAUGGACAAUCGUCAUCGUAUGAAAUACCGAGAUCACCUAUACCUCCUCAUAUUGCCAAUCACCUAAUUACAUCUUUCAAAUCCUUCGUUCAAUCAAUUAUGAAAUCUCUAUUGGGAAGAAGAUUUUUAUCCAUAGAAUCAUCGUGA